GCCUCCCGCCUGUUCCCCGCCCCCUUGAUUCCGGCGAAGCGCGGUGACUGGUUAAAAUCAGAGGUCGGAGCGUAGUGAUUGGCUGAGCUCAUGUGCCAAUCGACGCUCUGCCAGAAGUCGCUGUGACUUCCCGUGUUGGCGGUGCUGAGGCGCAGGGUGGUGGUUGGAGCGGUCCUGCUGUGACCCGAACAACUGCAUCCCGGAGAACAGUGGUGACAGGAGUCGAGGGCCUUCAUGAUGAGAAUGAUUGAGAGCGUUGACUCCGUGGUUGCCAGGCCCAGUGAGGACCUCUGGGCUGAAAUCUGCUCAUGUCUGCCACAUCCGGACCAGAAGGAUGCUAGCGAGGCCUUCACCGACUCAUUCCUGGAUUCCUACACAAACAGAGGAGGCCAGGGCAGUGGGGUCCCUUCCCAACCAAACCCAAAGCCCUGGGCACCCCUGAACGACUCAGAGGUGUAUUUGGCAUCCCUAGAGAGAAAGCUGAUGAGAAUUAAAGGUUUGUCUCAAGAGGUGACCUCAAAGGACAUGCUGCGUACUCUGUCACAAGCUAAGAAGGAAUGCUGGGACAGGUUCCUCCAGGAGAAGUUUGAGUCUGAAUUUUACAUAGAGGGACACGAAUCUGAUGAGAGCACCCUGGAGCAUCUAAAGCGAUGGCUGCAACCUGAUAAAGUGGCCAUCAAUACUGAAGAGGUACAGUACCUCAUCCCUCCAGAAUCACAGCUGGAGAAACAGGAGACUGAAGAAGAGCAUCCAGCUGCUGAGCAGUGAGAUAUGCAGCAGCCAUGCCACAGAGCUGCCUCUUGUCCAGCCCUGAUGAAGCUGUGUGCAGCAGCAGUAAUGCUAGGAAGAGGGUGGGGGUGGGUAAUGAGUGCCAAUUGUCAGUGAUUUAAAAACAAUGAAAUGAAAUCCAACAAGAAAACAGCGCUGGAUCUCCAAGGAUAUUGACUGGCAUCUUUUUGUAGACAAGAGUGGAACAGAAUAUGCUGAACUGAAACCCUUUUUUGAUGUAGUCCCAAUGUGUAGCAACCAAAUCGUUCUGGCGUGAAUGUGAAUUGUUUGUAACUCAUCAGGAGGCAUAUUGAACUGUAGGGGGGAAAAAAAAAGCAGUUGUUGGGAAGCAUCAGAAAACAUAAUGGUCUAGAAUAGAACAGAUAAAACAAGCCACUGAAUCAGUUUUUGUUCUUGUCUUCUACCUUCUUUAUUACUAACUUGGUCUUUUUUGUUUCUUGCGAUGUCCAUUGUGUUGUCGUUAGUUUUUUGUUUUUUUUUUAUCAGAUGAUUAUUUAUGAGUUGUCCCUGAGCUUUACCCAGAGGAGGACAGAGGUUGUUCACCUAUCUAAAUUUGGAAUCCUAAGGGAAGCUGUCACUGCAAUUGUUAAAUAGAUCAUAGUCUUGAGAUCGUAGCAGAAGGCGGCUUGGUAACAUUCUUCUCCUUGUAAUGUUCCCUCCAAGAAUAUCCCACUUGAUUGGCCAUUCAAACUCUGUUUCAGAGUGGCCUGGAGGAGGAGUAUGUUUAUUGUUGGUCAUUUUAUACCCGUUCUCAUUUUUUUCAGCCUCUCCCGAAGAGGCUCAGGUGAGAUCCUGUAUCAGGAGAACAAAGGGUGAUAACUGAGAGGCUACAGAUAGUUUGUUUUCAUCACAGUCUAGCACGAAAUUACCUACGUUAAAAUAUUCUAGCAUAUAUAUUUUUGUUGUUUGUUCUGUUUAACUCUGCAGAGGGUUGUUUCCCAUUUUUAGUCAAUGAAAGAAUCGUAAGACCGAUGCUUCUUUAAGCAGUGCUUUGUCUUGACAUUGACGCUAAAGGUCGAUAGAGGGAAGCAGUGUACAUCUUCUGUCAGAUAAAGCUCUUGCGACGGAAAUUGGAGGGGUAGUUCUAGUAGCUGAAGCACAUUAGACUGUUCAUUAUAUAUGAAAUUACACUUUUAAAAAGAGCUUAUCACCUUCAUUGUUUCCUGUCUCUGUUUAGUUAUAAAUGUGCUGUUGUUUCAUUCACUGCUGGCUGUUAUUCUGUUGCUGCUGCUUCGGUGUCGUGACUGGGUGUUUGCCCACACCAUUAGCUUAGUGCUGUAACCACCCACUGCAGCCUCACUGUUCUCUAAAGCAGUCACACAUAAUUCUCCAUUAGAACAAACGUGAACAUUUGAGAAACACGGUGAGUCACCUGAAUGUCAAUGAUACAAGGCUCGCAAAGCUUUGGCGUUGUUGAAAAGGAUUCCUUUGUCAUCUUUUAAAUGCCUCCAUUUAUCUCUAAAAAUAAGUCUGCUUUGCUGUAUUCAGAUACAGUGCUGUAAAUGCCAUCUCUCACCUGUGCUGUCAGGCUAUAAUGAAGGCACGUCCGAGCAUUUAUCAGAAAUGGAAUGUGCUAAGAGAGAAAGAUGCAAUUUCUUUUUUUGAACCCAGGCUAUUUUGCCGUCAAUACAUUUCCUUCUUGCCAUUAGCAGUGAGUGAAGAUGCUUUAUAUUACAUUGUCUAUUGCCAUUAAAGUUAUUUGAGCUAGAAAUGUGUUCAUAGUAACUGUACCAAAGCAUUUAAAGUCCCAGAUCCAUGUAAUCUGGCUCUGCAGUGUCAUAUCAGCUCCACCCACCAGCUUUGGCAUGGCUAAGAAAGCUGGCAGAGGACUAUGCAGUAUGGUUUUGUUACAUUAUCAUGCUGAACACUGGUCAGGAAGAAACACAAGUUUUCUGUUUGUGGCUGUUGAUUGAUAAUGUCAGCACGAGACAGUAAAUUAGGUCCUGAAGCAGUGCAGCAUUGCCUUUUCAGCAGAGACUUAGACCUGCCAAAACAUAAGCGAUAAUAGAUUGGCAUUUAAUUGGAGACCGCAUCCAAAUCAAGCAGUGGAUCCAGCCCCAUCAAUCUGCAGGCUUGCUCUGAAGGUUGUCUGACUCAAUGGGGAUGUAAACAUUAGGACUGAAAAAAACAAUCGAUUAGUCUAAAGACAAAUGAGGAGUUUAAAGAUUCUAUAAGUACACAAACAAUCUAGUUUUAAACUUCUACUACAUAUAAAUAUUGACACCUGAGUAGCCAAAUCCUUUAUUGCUCAAGGAAAGAGACAACAUCCACUGAAGGUACUACGCUACAGUGUUUGGAAGAACACAUGCUGGGAUCUGUCAGAUAAACCACCCUUUGGAACUACUGACCUAAAGGGAAUCAGAUUUGGGAUUGAUCUGUACUUAAAAACUCAUACUUUAAGACUGUUUUUUAUAAUACAGCUUAAACUGAGAAUAUAUGGAAAAGGUGUGAUGUGUGCAUUUGUCGAUGCUACAUGUGAUUUUGCUAGUGAGGACGUUACUUGGAGCUUGUUAUACUUUGUAAUAGGAAAAGAAAGCUGUUGAGCAAUGGAUUGUCAUUGUUAGGGUGUGAGAAGCCACUAAUCAAAUGUGUAAGUCUUUCUUAUCUGUGCCUU